UGGUCUGCUGACGAGCGGGGCGGUGCUUGCACUCGGUAGAUAUAGUGAGAAAGUGGCAAGUUGAAGUCCGCCGCCAGGACGGACCAGCGAGGAGAAAGACGAAAGAAAGUGACGAGUGCGGGCUCAAUGUCGGAGAUUCAAGAACGCCGGAGGAUUGUUUGAUUUGACUUUUUUUUUUUUUUUUUAAUUGUCGAUUGAGUGGCGCGUAUACCAAAGAAUCACAACCCAAAAAAUGCUUUGCCACGUUACCCGUCCGGACUCGGUAGUGAUGGAAGUGGAAGUUGACGCGAAGGCGAACGGAGAAGACUGCUUGAAUAAGGUUUGCAGGAAGUUGGGGAUCAUCGAGGCGGACUACUUCGGGCUGCAGCUGACGGGCAGCAAAGGGGAGAACCUGUGGCUGAACCUGCGCAAUCGCAUCUGCCAGCAGGUGGACAGCGUGGCGCCGUGCCGGCUGCGGCUGCGGGUCAAGUUCUUCGUCGAGCCGCAUCUCGUUCUGCAGGAGCAAACCAGACACAUUUUCUUCACGCACGUGAAGGAGGACCUCCAAAAUGGCCACCUACGCAUGGGCUCUGACCAGGCCAUGGAGCUGAGCGCCCUGUUGGCCCAGGCAGAGUUUGGUGACUACAACCAAAACACGGCCCGCUACUGGUACUUGGAGCUCUGCGGAGAGGAGCCGUGUCCUACCACGGUCAACAACAUCGUGUCCAGACACAAAGCCCUGGAAGGCUUGAGCCAGGCCUCGGUGGAGUACCAAGCUCUGCAGCUGGUCUCCUCGCUAGAGCACUACGGCGUGGAGUGGCACUGGGCCCGCGACGGCCACGGCCAGCGCUUGGCCAUUGGCGUCGGACCCGAAGGCAUCGCUGUGUGCAAGGAGGACUUCAGUCUCGUCAACCGGGUCAGCUACCCUCUCAUUCAGAUUGCCACCCAGUCGGGGAAGACCGUGUACCUGACGGUCACCAAGGACAACAACGACAGCGCAGUGCUCAUGUUCAAGCUGGUCAGCAACCGCGCUGCCAGCGGCCUUUACCGUGCCAUCACAGAGACGCACGCCUUCUACCGGUGCGAUACGGUAACCAACGCGGUGAUGAUGCAGUACAGCCGUGAUUUCAAGGGUCACCUAGCGUCGCUCUUUCUCAACGAGAACAUCAACCUGGGGAAGAAGUACGUCUUCGACAUCCGCCGCACCUCCAAAGAAGUGUACGACCACGCCCGCCGCGCCCUCUACAACGCCGGCGUCGUGGAUUUGAUGUCCCGCUCCGGGGGCGAACGCUCGCCCGCGUCGCCCUCGCCUAGUCGCCAGGACGGCUCGGACGACGACGACUGCGGUAGCUGCCAGCAGAGUCGGGCGCUCCAAGAGAGGCUGCACAAACUGCGGGAGGCGCUGUUGUGCAUGCUGUGCUGCGAAGAGCAGAUCGACGCCGCCUUCUGCCCUUGCGGUCACCUGGUGUGCUGCCAGACGUGCGCCAACCAGCUGCAGUUGUGUCCGGUGUGCCGCUCGGAGGUGGAGCACGUGCAGCACGUCUACCUGCCCACCUGCACCAGCCUCCUCGACCUGGCCAUGGCCGACCGGCAAGCCAACCGCAUGGUGGACGGCGGCGGCGGUGGCGGCGGCGGCGGCAUCCCCGCAUCCAUCUGUCGCGACCUGGCCUCCCCUCACGACUGCGCGGGGGACGACUACGACAAAAUCUUCACUCACACGUGAGGAAUACUGCCACAAAUGCUUUUUUUUUUUUUUUUUUUGGCUAGGGUUAGUGUUCCAUUUCCUGGACUCUUGAUGGACAAACCACUCUCGAGUUUUGCGUGUGCGCUGCCAAAAAGGUUUUAGCGCGCUCCUCCGAAUCCAAAUGAUCGGUUGAGCCGAUACGUCAGACAUUCCCCUUCUCGUUUAAUCGUGAUUUUCAUUUGUUUUACUUUUUAAAAGUUGCCUGGACGUUUUUAAACCAGCUGAACUUUUAUUUAAGCCGUUUGCUGUUGUUCUUUUAGUCUUUCGUUUCUAUGCCAACGAGCAGGCUAAAAAUAAAAUGAAGAAAAAUGUAAUGGAUCCACUCGCAAUCAGUCUACAGAUUGCAGACACUCCGCUUUUUACCAGCCGUUUCCGAGCUCUCCAAUUAUCUAACUCCAACGCCAAAGGACCACGCGGACCAGACUCCCUGUGGGCAGGAAGGGGGUCGGGAGGGGAGUCUUUUAAAGCAAAGAUGGGCAACCUGAGGUCCGUGGGCCGUAUGUGAGAAACCCAAAUUGUCUGCAAUUUACCAACAACAGUCUGACGUUCCUGCUUCAAAUUUGGUAGCAGUCGGAAAAAAAUCUCCAGUUCUAACUUUUGAAGAAUUCUAAAACUGACAUUUUGAAAUGAAACUUCUCUGCCACACGCAAUGAGGAAAGCCAGAUUGUUGGUAAUUCGGUGAUACCAAUCUGUACGGUAUGGGUUUUUCCAGUUUAGUCGCAAUCAGACAAAUCUCUUAGAGUUCCUCUUUGAAGCCAAACUCGUCCAAAAACCGCCAUGUGAAGUCGAGCUUUGCCGCCACAUAGUCACGUUUUUGCAAUUUAGUUUCAUAAAUCUUAAAAUAUGUGGCUCAAAUUUCUUAGCAUUAGGACAAAAUCUCAGGGACGAAUUCGCCCUUAGAUCAUGAUCCAUCCCGAAACGGCAGACUUCCUGUGUGAUUGCAGCCACGGCGUCUCAUCACUUCUUUUCUGAGUCGACAUGGCUCCCAAAUUUUACGUUGGGUUAAAACCUGGCUUGCCUUUGUUAUUGCGGUCUGCAAUAAUCGUAAAUGUCACAUUCAAAUAAAAAAAAAAUGUUGGCCCACCCCUGCUUUAAAAGCCUUCUCUCUCUCUCUCUCUCUCUCUGGGGGGGGGAAAAAAAAUCUAGUGAGUUUUCAAGAGUGUGCAAUACCUGCCUGCUUUUUUAUUAUUAUUUAAAUGUCAACUAUUUAAAAAGUACAUAGUCACUUUACCAAGGAAGCUGCAUCUCCACUGUUUUAGUUUUAAAAAGGUUUGGCCUUCAUGUAGCAGCAUUGCCAUUUUUUUUUCCAAUAUAUAUAUUUUUUUUUUCUGCAAAGAAGUUAAUGAUUUUGUUUCUAUUUUAUGAAGCAUUCUACAGUCUGUAAGUUAUGCUUUUGUCAAAGUAUUAAUAAAGGUUUUUUUUUUUUAAA